AUGGCUCCUGUCGACAUCAUUGGACAGGACGCCACUACCAGGAAGAGUUCGCUCCAACCAUCUAUGCUAUCCAUCAAUGAAACGAUAGGAUCCGACAAGGAUAUCUGUCGCAUCUGUCAUUGCGAAGGAGAUAUACAGCUGCCGCUAAUAUCACCGUGCUUCUGUGCUGGUUCCUUGAAAUACGUCCAUCAGGCAUGUUUGCAACAAUGGAUCAAAUCCUCGGAUACGAAAUGUUGUGAGCUCUGCAAGUUCGAGUUCAUAAUGAACACGAAAGUAAAGCCAUUCACCAAGUGGGAACGGCUCGACCUCAGUGCCAUAGAGCAACGGAAAGUGUUCUGUUCUAUAACGUUUCAUCUGGUUGCGAUAACCUGCGUGGUGUGGUCCUUGUACGUUCUGAUAGAUCGAACAUCGGAGGAAAUGAAGGUUGGGGAUCUAGAUUGGCCAUUCUGGACGAAACUCAUAGUGCUCGCUGUCGGUUUCACUGGUGGAGCUGUAUUCAUGUAUGUCCAAUGUCGAAUGUACUUCCAACUCUUCAAACGAUGGAAAGCAUUCAAUCGUAUUAUAUUCGUGCAAAACGCUCCGCCCAAAGAUAAAGAUCUGCCGACUGCUAGGGACCUCAUGCCGGUCAAUAUUUUCAUUCAAGAUGAUUCUAAUCAUCAAGUAAAUCAAACGAAAAGAUCUUGCGAUGACACUAGCUGUACGUCUCCUCUCUCCGAGCAGAAUGCUGAAAUUGGCAGCUUGGCAACGAUGCCGCCAGACGAUACUUGCUGAUGGCCACGGGAAAGAUGUGUGAAUAGAUUUAUAUUUUUCCAGCUCAAUGAUACUUUCAAAUCCGCAUACGAUUCUAGUCUCUUAGGCUUCUAGGGUAAGCUCGAUUUGCGAUACGAUGGAUUAUUUAUUGUGCGAGUACCCACCGACAGCAAGCAAUCGAUCAUGCUCCUUCGAUGCGCGGGCAGCAUUGCUUCCAUGGUAGCGAAUCAGUGUAUAGAUAUCAAUUGAUACACGAUGGUGAGGACGGUGGUUCGGAUGAUAUUUUCCUGGUACUCAUGCGACCCUCUAAUUCUCGGUGAUUAUGGCGUUUGCCGCGACAUUUUCCUUAAGUAUCAGAAGGAUCAGUGUCGUGAUCCUGCUCGGAUUGUGCACAUAUGAAGAAUCGAAGACUGGAGAAUUUUUAAUACGUCAGGCUCCGAUGCUGGUUCCAUAAUCCAUGCGUUCAUUGGACCGAGCGUGGGAGUGAUGCUGGACGAGCAAUCCUUUGUAUAGGCUGCAUACGAGUAUAAGAUAGAAGAAAGUCGGGCUGUGGUGCGACGGAGUGCGGAUCUUUUGCCAUGCGGUUCUGCAGGAGUGUGCUCUUGAUUUUUUUGUGAUAAUUGAGACAGAGAAUGCCUCAGAAGCCGACGGAGAAAUCUGUCGAAUGCAUCGCAGGUGUUGGAUUUAUGCUCAUCGUAUUGAAACCGCGCUCAUCGACUCGAUUUGCUGCUGUCGAAGACUUGAUUGAGCGC